CACGGAGCUAAAAAGUUGACGGACACGACGUUGGAAGGAUUGGUAAACAAAACUUCAGUCGAGUAGCGUUAACUCGAUAUUUACCUGAAUCAAGCUGACAUAUUAUUCACAUGUGAUUAUUAAUAAACAAAAUGUUUAAGUUUUUCGGAUUCAAGAAUGACGCUGCCAAAAAAUCUUCUGAGAGAGAAUCUGAUGGAUUUGUCAUUAUUGGUGAAACUGUUGAGGAGCAGCGACAGAAGAUUCAGUCCAUGAACAUUGAGCAGCCUGCAACAAACGUAAUAGUGCAACCCUCUAAGCCAUCCAGCGACAGGAACAGAGGAAUUACAGAGACGCCUCAGCCUUCAUCCCAGCCCACAUCUGCCAAGAUGUCCUCAGAAACACACACUUUGGACGCCACUCCUGCCCUUCCUGAGCUUCUAGGAGAUAUACCGUUCACAUUAGCUCCACACAUCCUCGCCAUGCAGGCAGGCUUGCCCUUUGUAACCGAUAUCACCUUGCCUCAUGACAUAAAUGACAAACUAGCUAACUUUCGCUAUGAUUUUACCUUGGAAAACUCUGUGCUUUGUGAGCCGUGACUUGCGCCCAUCCUUUAUAUCACUAGCGCAUGGUGAACUAUGGUCGUUAAGAUUCUCUUAAACCGCUCGCCUCUUUAAUACAUAAAGAUUUAGCUUGAUACAGAAAAAUUGUGUCACUAUUGGGUGUUGGGGUCAAAUUAAAAUCGGCCAUUUAGUUAGGAUCAAGAUGUUAUGCAGUUUCUCAGGAUGUUGCACUUAAUUGUGUGAUAUGAGUGUUACUGCCUUGAUUCAACGCAAUAGACAAGUAUUUAUAAGGUGACCUAUGGCUUUACAUUUUUCAAAUGUGGUUACGGGUGUAAAAUCUGUGCACUUUUGCAUUUUGACUCUGGUCCUGUAGCAUAAAAUGGUAUGCUGAAAGAAAAAAGGGUCUGGUUAUUGUUUGAAAUUACUUCAAUGGCUGAAUUCUAGUAGCUGAAAUCUUAGUGGCUGUGUUUAAAUGUUGUUGUCUGCAUUGGCCUUUCUUAGUUCUUUGAAGACUGCGAUUUAUUGAAUUUGAAAAUGUUUUCUUGCAGAUCAUUCACUAAGACACUCUCACACCUGGUGUUAAGAGGUGCUUUUGUCAAUCAGAUCAUAAGUAAAUGAGGCAGUCGAUAUCUCUUUAAUAGGGGUGGGGUUAGGUGAGCGUAUUAAAAAGCAUUGGAUGCAGCACAGAUUGCACUGCACCAAGUCUGCAUCCAGACCCCUUUUGUAGGUAUGCAUAUGUUUGGGCUUUUUCAAAUUUAACAUUUGCAACAGACUUGUGUUAGAAUAAAAACAAUUUAACCUUCAACCACAUACGCUUUUCAUCUACUUCUGAAAGUGGCCAAAAUUGGACUGGUUACAUUUUUUUCAGACACCAAUUACACCUAUUUUAGCAUUGCCUUCUUAUGAUCUGUUUGAUUAAAAACACAUUGCCAGGUGUAAACAGUGCCUUAACCCUUUAUUAGAUGAGGAAUCGUAUUUGGUAACUUUGUUUACAUUUAUGAUUUAUAUAUAUAUAUAAAAGUUUUGUAAUAACCCUAAAUGACACUCCAGGGUUUUUCAGAUGAGUGUCUUAAUAGCUAUGUUUCCAUCCAAAAAUGCUUCUAAAUUCAUGCACAAAACAGGAAUAUCGCAUAAAAGCCAUGGCAAUUAAGCAGCGUUUCCAUCCAAACAGUCAAAGAGAACAAAAUUGUCACUUCCUGAUUAACUGGUGCCAAAUAUCAACAUUAAAAAUGGAAUUCGCUGCGGUAGGGGAAGCUGUGUCAAUCUUUUCUUUAUUUAAUAAAUGACUUGCACCUCAGAAGUAUGCUGACACAAAAUGAACGUAUGGUGAGUGCAUGAUGCUCUUGACAGUUCUGGAUAAUAUAAUAAUAUCAAUAUAAUAUAAUAAUGAACUAAUAAUAUAAAAACAGUAAUACUAAGAUGAUUAAGGUGUUUUAGAAUGGCCAAAACAACAAUUCAGAUGUUUUACAAUGUGCUCAGCCUGCUGAUUUGCCUAGUCACACACAUAUGAUCUCUUAUAACAAAUUCACAUGACCUCUUUUAAUGCGCAUACGGGAAUUUGUUCGGUGAAAGUGUUUCCAUUGUAGUUUAUGCACAGCUUUUCUUAUCGAUUUAAAAGUUUAUCAUUUUCAAAACAUUUUCAGAACAUUUUCAAAAUGUAUGCGCAUCUUGCCAUUUUUCGAUCAACCGGAUCUCCAAAAUGCACAUAAAAAUAGGUAAAUGGAAACAUAGCUAUUGAAUACCUUAUUAAACGUUAAAGGUGUCAUAGAAUGGAAAACUGUACAUAUAAGCAUGGUUGAAUAAUAAGUAAUCGAUGCAUGGGGAUGACUUACCAUUAGUUUCAAACAGUGAGCCACUGUGAAACAGAAAAUUAGAGCAGAGCUCAUUGCUAAUAUUUAUGACCCAUCCAAAUAAGGUCAAAACAGACCAUUUCAUUCUAAAGGCAAGUUUUAGGCUUCUUAAUAGACUGUUCUGGAGAAUUUUUGGCACUUUUCUACGCCACAUACCUUCUAUGUAGAUAUCAGAGGACAAUUUAACAAAUUGUAUCAAGGCAUUCUAUGGUACCUUUAAAACAUUCAUGAUAUAUAGGAAAACUACUUAAUAGUAAACUGUCACUGUUUAAUUUUCAAGCAUAUUUGUAAAAUUGAAGUGCUUCAAUAUAAAUCAUAUUUUAAACAUACACAUCAUAAAAGUAUAUUAAAAUAGCAAUCACAGUGGCCUUUUGGCUAGUUCAUUAUAGUUACAGUAACUCUACAGUUAAGACCCAGUAAACCUUAUGGUAACAUUCCAGGAUUUUUCUCCAUCUAGCAAGACUUCUGUGCUGCUCAAUAGUUUGAAUUCCCAGUCUUCAGUUUAUGAAGUAAAAGUCUAGAUCACUAAAUGGAGAAAAAUCCAAGAAUGUUUUAAAAAACUUUGAUUUAUUUUCAUCUGAUGAAGAAAAUCUUGGUUGAUGGGAGAGUCUAGUAAAACUAUCAGGAAAAUGACAUUUUUUUUAAGUGAACUAAUCCUUUAAUGCAUGAUGUUUUGAACAUCCAUUUUGGGAGAUGUAUUCUGAACAAUGCUUGAUUGCAAAAACAUGCACACUGGUUUUAGAAGGAUUUACAAUUCUGUCUGAAUAGACCAUGUGGUUAUUUAACUUGUUCCUUCUUUUCUGUUUUAAUUAAUUUGUGGGUUUUAUCAUAAUGCAUGCUGCUAUUUGCACAAUGCACUCAGGAGUUGAGCUGUGUUUCCUUGACAUUUUCUGUACUUUAUUUUAUUAACCUGAUAUCACAUCAGAUCUUACUAUUAUUUAAUUGUAUCACCAGCUUUAUCUCUUUAUCUUAGUUCUGUCCUAUCCUUUUCAAAACACUGUACUGAAGUUUUCAGUUUUGUUGUGCUGUGUUCGCCCUUUAAAAGUGAAGUGUCUGAAAAAAUAAUUUAAUGCCACUUCUUCAGGUGAGAUUUAUGCUCUAACUUUAUGAAUUUCUGUUUGAUUCAUUUCUGGAACACAAUUCUUCUAAUUCGAUCCCAUAUGAUAUUUAUGGUCAAUUCUGAACAUGAGCAGAGUGUAAUAUAAUGUUGUUUAAAUAAAGUCCUGUUUGAUUA